AUGUCUUCAUUUCCAGCGCAUGUAAUAAAUAUUCUUAGUAUUUGUGUGGACUUUUCCGAGUCCGUGGGCCGUGUAACAUCACGAAUUUUGUCCUCCUUAGUCUUCUCGAGGAAUUUGACAGUUGAUCUCCUCCGAAGGUGUGUUUAUUAUGGUGAAUGUGGCAUAGUCGUUGCAAAACAAGAUGAUAAUAAACAAGCAGCCCCCUAUUUUUCGUCAAAGCCUUCUAAUCCCACCACCGCACUACACUAA